CAGCUAAUUAAUAACAUCUAAUAUAUUAUAUCAGGUCCGGGUGAGUGAGGAAACAAACUUAGUCCCCCGCCUUUUAACAUUGAGUGAACCGGCCCUGAUUCUGACCAGACCCACCGAAUGUGAUUUACGUUCUAUGUGGCCAACUAAGCUGAUGUAGAGUAUUUCGUGAAAAUAUAACAGAUUCCAUUUUGUGAAAUUCUGCUAAAACAAAGAUACUAACUAACAAAGGCUGUGUAGCAAUAUUUAUUGUAUAAACCACAAACUGUGCAAGGUUAAAGGUGGACUAUCAUGGCAGUCUUAAAACUUUACUCCGUUAGCAAGUCUG